AUGUUUGCUAGACGAUGUGAGAGUCUUGCUACCCGCACCGCUGCAGCCACCCUUGCUUCAUAUGUGAGAAGCAGCAGACUAUAUUCCACCGCUUCACCAGCUUAUGAGUAUAUCCUCACCUCAACGCCAAAACUGGGUGUUGGCCUCAUCACUCUUAACAGACCAAAGGCUCUUAAUGCACUUUGCAGUCCCCUUUUCCGCGAACUAAACCAUGCCUUUACCAAGUUCGAUGAGGAUAAGGAUAUUGGUGCCAUAGUCCUUACUGGCAGUGAAAAGGCCUUUGCCGCUGGCGCGGAUAUCAAGGAAAUGGCACCUCUCACUUUUGCAUCUGCAUACUCAAACAACUUUAUCGCCUCCUGGUCGCACCUUGCGAAUACCAUUCGUACCCCUGUCAUCGCUGCCGUGUCUGGGUAUGCCCUUGGCGGCGGAUGUGAACUUGCAAUGAUGUGCGAUAUAAUCUACUGCACAUCUAAUGCAACAUUUGGCCAGCCAGAAAUCAAACUUGGAACCAUUCCCGGUGCUGGCGGUUCCCAACGUCUCACCAGAGCUAUUGGGAAGAGCAGAGCUAUGGAACUCAUCCUUACUGGCAGGAACUUCAGUGGAAAAGAGGCAGGUGAGUGGGGCCUAGCUGCGAAAGUCAUUGAUGGAGGCAAGGAUGAGCUAGUUGCGGCUGCAGUCGAGACGGCCAGUACCAUUGCCAGCUACAGUCGCGUCGCAGUCGUUGCUGCGAAGGAGGUUGUCAACAAGAGCCAGGAGUUGUCCUUGAAGGAAGGAGUUGAAUUUGAGAGACGGCUAUUCCAUGGAUUAUUUGGCAGUAAAGAUCAGAAAAUUGGAAUGACUGCUUUCGCUGAAAAAAAGAAGCCUGAAUGGUCGAACGAAUAG